GCUGCCCUACUGGGCAUGAGGACAGUGCUAGCAGAUGGGGCCUGUGGGUUCUCCAAACCGCACCCCAGCAUUUGGAAAAGCCACACGGCCACAGCCACGGCACGGCUGGCGGGACCCUCAUCCUAGAACCCAGGUCAGCACAGCACCAGAAUGUCCUUCCACGCCUCCAGAUCCAUGAAGGUACUUCAGGACCCUGACCACAGGGACAGACAGAAGACACACCCCACCACCAUCAUACUGUUCAGGCCACAGAGCAGCCAGGCUGCCAUGAGGCCCAAGGAGCACAAGACGUUCAUGGAAGAAGCGUACAGUGCAGACAUCCGGCAGACGUGCCCUGCGGGGUCCCCUCCCACCGUGGGCAGGACCAUCUCCCGCGUGUGGGCCUCGGGGCGAGCUCUAAAACGGGCCUCCACCUGGAUGGACAAGGCCAAAGCCUGUCCAAGGGCCCACUCGCCCCCUUGGCCCCCUGCCCCCCAGGAGCUGGAAGAGGCAUACCAGGACGCGGCGGCCGACGUGCUGCUGGCCGUGUGCCGGCACUCGUGGUGGGUGGUGGCCCAGCACCUGGAGGCCGAGGUCCUGACGGGCGUCUUCCCACACCGCAGCCUGCUCUACGUGAUGGGCAUCAUGACCUCCAACGAGUCAGUCAUCCACCAGGGAGAGAAGGCAUGCUGGGAAGAGCAGCUGGCCAAGAUGGCCGUCAAGUCCGUCCAGUUCCUGAAUAAGGAUGUGUGGUCCAAGGAGCUGCUGUUGGCACUCACCAAGCCCGACCAGACCCAUCAGGAGCAGCCCCCCGAGAAGGCCUUUCUGUUCAUGUACUACGGGCUGAUCCUUCAAGCCGAGGACAAUGCCACCACCAUCAGGGCACACCUGAGAACUCUCCUGGGCACGUCCCACGAGUGGCCCAAGCAGAGGGAGGACGAGACCCUGAAGCAGAGCUUCCUCGCCGCCGUCCUCACGCUGGUGGGGGCCAUCAGCCGCAGUGAGGAGGCCCACGGCUACAAGUUCUCCCAGAUCUCGGAGCUUCUCGAGUGUCUGGUGGGUCUGAUGGAGAAGGAACCCCAGAACGCACUGUGCACAUCAACUCGCCAGCAGACCAUUCACAUCAUCUCCAGCCUCUGUAAGCUGAGGCCACCUCUGGACUUGGAGAGGAAAUCACGGCUUCUGUCCGUCUGCCUCCGCAGCGUGUUGGCCCUGCCACUUCUGGACGUCCUGGAGAAACACACCUGCCUCUUCCUGGAGCCACCCAACAUACAGACCCUCUACAACGAGACCUCGGAGGCCCUGGACCAGAUGCUGCAAAGCUUCAUCACGCAGACCCCCACAGCUGAGGAGCUACACUUCCUGUUGUCGCACAUGCACGUCUGGCUGGCGUCGGAGAAGGCACAUGAACGGCAGCGGGCUGCGCACAGCUGCAUGGCCCUCCUUGGAUUCCUGAGCCACAACCUCAUCCUGGAUACAAAAGAGGGCUUCUUGAGGAUUGGGCAGCUGGUGGGUAUGCUGGGACUUUUGUGCCAGGACCCUGACAAGUCCACCCAGCACUCCAGCCUGGAGGGGUUGGCCCACAUCUACCAGCUUCUGAUGCGCCAGAGAGCAAGGGAAGUUCUGAAGGUGGAGAUGAGGACCCCCAAGCAGCUUUCCCAGGCCAGCGAGGACGGGGACCCCGUCUGCAGCAGCAGAGACCAGAAGACAGCUCCCCCCACCCGCUGGGAGAUGGCAUUCCCAAAGGAUCACAUCUUCCAGGAGGUCAUGGAGAAUCUCACAGCAGCGGAGCUGACCGACCUCAUCUGGACAGCCGUCACCGGCCUGGGCUCCACCAGCCCCUCCGGCGUGCAGGCGGCCGCCCACAUGCUGCUCAUCGCCGUCCAGGAGCACGGGGCCAAGCUGGAGACCGUCACCAACUUGGGCCAGGCCAUCCAUUUGCAGCUCUGCUCCAUCCACAUCUCCCGAGCCAAGGACCUCGCCCUGCAUGCAUUCACGCUGCUGGCCCGGAACCACACCCCGGAGCUGGUGGCCACCCUGCUGGACAGCUCCAUGCCCUUGGACAGCCAUGCCCUCCGGCUGUGGAGGGCCCUGGGGGCCGAGCGCCCCGUGAGCCGCCUGGUAGUGGCCACGCUGCUGGCCUGGCUGCGCGAGCGGCCGCUGCCCCCGGGGGCCGGAGACGGCAGCCCCCCACCCAAGGAGAAGGCCCACCUGCGCACGCUCGCCGCCAUGAACUUGCUGAAAGAGCUGCAGUCUGCCCACGAGUUCAAGAAGGCGGUGCAGGAGGCCUACCCCGAACUCCUCCUGGCCCUCCUCACCCAGAUGUACUAUGUCUUGGAGCUGCACCUGCCUGAGGGGCCCCAGCGGACGGCCACGUCCAGCCCACAGAGCACGUCGCUGGAGGCACUGAAGAGUCUGCUGUCCAGCACGGGGCACUGGUGGGACUUUGCCCACAUGGAGCUGCAGGACGCCUGGAAACUCUUCGCCAGCACCCGCACCUACCCGCAGGGCGUGCGUCUCCUAGCCAGAGCCAUGGUUCAGAUCCCCUGCGGGCACAUCAAGGCGGUGAUGGGGCAGCUGCUGGCCGCCCUGCAGAGCGAGGAGGAGGGGGAGCGGAAGGCAGCCAUCCUUGUCCUCACUGAGUUCCUCUACAGCCCCGAGCUCCUGGAGGUGCUCCCCAGACAGGCCACCCGGAUCGUGCUGGCCCGAAGCCUUGGAGACCCCAGCCCUGAGGUCCGUGUGUUGAGCCUGAAGGGCCUCGGAAACAUUCUUUUCCACCCAGAGAAGGGAAGCCUGCUCCGCGGACAGCUGCCAGCCUUUCUCAAUGGCCUCUUCCAGAGCAGCGAGCAGGUGGCCGUGCAGCUCAUGGGCACCGUGUCGGACGUGCUGCACCGCCUGGGCACAAACGGCAUGGCCACUCAAAGCCUCCAGGUCGCCGUCAGCGCCCGCUCCUUUUUCGACGACGAGCGGGACGGGAUGCGGGCGGCGGCCAUGGUGCUGUUCGGGAACCUGGUGGCAGCCUUGACAGACAAGGAGCUGAGCGGCCUGCGCACCCAGGUGCACCAGAGCUUGGUGCCCCUGCUCCUGCACCUGCAGGACCGCUGUCCGGCCGUCGUCGCGCAGGCCAAGUUCGCCCUGUACCGCUGCUCGGUGCUGCUCCGCUGGCGGCCUCGGCACACCCUCUUCUGCGCGCUGGCCUGGGAGAGGGGCCUCAGCGCCCGCCACUUCCUCUGGUCCUGCCUGGUGACCCACAGCCAGCAGGAGUUCAGCAUCCACGUGGCGCAGGCUCUCAUCUACCUGCACAGCCGCCACCACCACAUCAAGACCUGGGCUGUGCUCUUCAUCGGGUACACCAUCUGCUACCACCCCCAGGCCGUGUCCCAGAUGAUGAACAGCGCCAACACUAGCCUGCUGCUCUGCACUUUUGAAGAUUUCAAAAAAGACCCAGAGCCCAGCAUCCGGGAAUUUGCCACCAAGCAACUGUCUUUCCUUCGGGAGGUGGUGGCCGCCAAACCGAAGUGACCUCCAGAAGCCCUCCAGAAGCCUCCUCCUCCCCUGUGCCCACCAAACUGGUCAGCCCUGCCCCACCGCACAAAGCUUGAUUGCAUAAGAUUUUUCCAUUUCAAAGAAAAAUAUAGAUUCAACAAA